CACAGAUGACACUUGUCAACAAAAGCGAAAAUUGCUGGUAACGUUUGUUGUUAUUUUCAUUUUUCACUAGUCGGCGCGUUAUUAGAUUGAAUUAUUCAUAGAAAUUUGAUCAUUCAUAGCCAGGAAGUGAUUUAACGAAUGUGGUUGAUACUUCACAAAUAUUUAAGCAAUGUCUAACAUCGAGCAAUACAGAGUUUUUACAAAAAAUCUACAGCACGAAGAGCAGAGAUCACAAGCUUUAAAUGAUAUUAUAAACCUGUUAAAUUUUACUUCUCCUGCUGAAGCAGCAUCUGUAAUACAAAAUGUUGGCAUAUCUAAAAUAUUACAGUGCAUCAAUGCAAAUAAUAAAACACACGUCGAGCUUUCUUGUGAGGUAUUAAAGAAAUGCUUUGAAAUAAUUGAACCAUGUGAUGUGGCUCGGCAAUAUAUUACUUAUCUGAUGUAUUUAUUGAGGCAUGAAAAGGUUCCUGUUAGACAAGUUGCAAUUGAAGUGGUCUACAAAAUACUAAUGACAAAUUCGUCAGCUUUAUCUGUACCUGAACACAUUGAUAUUUUUGUGGCUGUUGCACAAUUGGUUUGUGAUAAAGAUGUCGCCAUUGCAAAUAAAGCCAUUCUCAUCACAUCUAAUCUCCCCGAGAAUGCAUAUCCUAAAGUAUUGGAAGAAAUGCAGAUAGCGUUUAAUUGCAACACAAGCAGUAAAUGUAAUGCUUUCGAGAUAGUUGUGAACAUUUCUUCAAAGUCACCUGAACUAUUCAAGCUAUGUACAGAUCAAGGGUACAUUAACUUUAUGGUCUCUGAACUAGAGUCUGAUGAUAUACUUUAUCAAAUGAAUAUCUUAGAAUUGCUUGCACAACUUGCUAGAAAACCCUAUGGUAUGAAUUAUUUGGUAGAAAAUGGAUCAUUUAAGCAAAUGGUUCAACAUUUACAAGAACUUCGAAACAAUCCCUUGGGAGGUCUUCUAAUGACAGGUUAUAUCAAAUUUUUCGGCACAGUUACUUAUCAAUAUUCUAAAGAAAUUAUUAAUGAGUACCCUUUGAUAGUGGAAACAUUACUUGAAGGUUUUGAUUCCAAUGAUCAAACAAUACUUCCUGUUGUUUUGGAUACUUUCGGCAUUAUCGGGAGUACACUAGAGGGAAAACUUUGUUUGGCUGCAUUUGGAAGUAAAUUCACUCAGGCUGUCGAGAAGGUCGGAGAAAUGAUUAAAAACAGUCCAACGGAGAUUAAAGUGCGCGCUCUUAUAUGUUUUUCGCAUUUGAUAAGUGUUGAACAGGAUCCGGAAUCAAAAACUAAACCCAUAGACCAUAGAGUAACGUUAAUGACUCGGGAAUGGUUUAGAAGCUUAAGUAAACAGCCUGCUUCAAUAGAAACUCUGUUUGGUGUGUGUCAAAAUCCAUUUCCCGAUAUUCGGUCCUCUGCGUUUAAUUUGUUAGACGCGGUAUGUCAGCAUAAGUGGGGCGAAGAUUUGGUCGCAAACUGUGCAGGUUUCAUCGAAUUUCUGCUUGAUCGUACUCUCGACUAUAAGAAGCAAUUGAUGGAAUUAAAAUAUGACAUCAUCAAGCGAUUAUCCAACUCGACAGCAUUUGACGCCAACACUCUUAUGAGAUUGCAGACGUAUGUUGACCAAGGUCCGUUUUAUGCGGAGACUACGAUGCAAGUGGCAAUGGAAGAAGGUGAUUAGUUUUAAAAGCAAUAUUUUUUUCAUAUUCAUAAUUAUUAUUUCUGUUGAAAGAAUGUUUAUGUUUCAAAUACAUUACUUUUAUACA